AUGGCGCUGAAACGCGACGGCCUGCUACCCGGGGCACUCGGGAGACCGCAAGGCCUGCAGCCAGGGUCGCGGACGGCAUCGACGGAGUCCUUAACGGCACAUCCAUUGCUGUCGCCCAGCCAUCCGGUCUCCGUCACAUCGUCCAGUGAAGCAGGCAGUACCCAUUCACCACCCCGUUACGUACCGUAUACACCCCGCCAGCGCACCGCACCUACUGCCACUGCCACGUCUGGAACGACGACAAUGCAGUCCUCCGCAUCUGUGUCUGUAUCCGUUCCUGCGCAACAGCAUACUGGAGACGCUCGGACCAAGCUGCAGCACAUGAACAUGAAAGCUGCAGCUCAAAGCAUCGGGUUGGAUACCGGUAGCGUGGGGUGGGCGAUACUGGAGAAACUAUCCACGGAAGCGGAACAUGGUGCAGAGUGGAACCACAUUUGGGAAGCCGUCACGGCUGGCAAAGCAACCUUGCUGCUGCCUAAAGAGCAGCUAUCCGGCCAGAGUGCUAUCACAGCCGAGUUUAUCAAGGAUCACAUAGCCUUUUACGAGGGACCGUCGCGAGAUAAUGCGGCUAUCGUUACGCUUUCCGGUUUGCGAGGUGUCAUACAGCAGGAGGUGUUCACACUGCGAUCUGCCCUCCUUCCAUCUUCGAAGCCGUUCCAGGCCUUGUCGUCCCCAUCUACUCGCGCAUUCGCCUUCGCUGCCCUCCCUCCUCUUCCCGCUUUCCCUCCCAACACUUAUCCCACUUUCGCCGUUCCAUCCCACACUCCCUCGCUACCUCUCCCACCUCGACCCGGAAAGCCACCUUUGCCUCCACGACCAGGCGCAAGGAGCACGCCGUUACAGGCAUCGCGCCUAGGCAACCCUUUUUCGCAUCUGUUUGGCUCGAAGCCGUCCACGCCGUCUUCUCCAGCGCCUUCCACAGUUUCGCUACCGCCAACAGAGGGCGAAUAUGACCACACGGGUGUGGAAGUUUCAGCGUUUGCUCUGGACCGCCGCAUCGUCCGCAAGGACGUGGGGAGGGCGAUAGUUAAGGCAAUCAAGGCGGAGAUGAAGGCUGCGCUCGCCGCGGCGAACGUGCCGGCGUGGGUCAUCGAGCGCACGCAGAAUUUCUCGUACGGCUUGUAUCCACUCGUUCGUGCACCCAAGAACGGGAAUGCAGCACAGGACUCCGCGGGUUACAUCGUCAACCCUGAGCAAGAUACCGCCGAGGAGCUUGCGCGCAUGACCCAGGACUUUUACGCGCUUCUCGAAGAGGAUCUAAGGGCGGGCGGGAGUCCCACUAUCGGCAGGCGGCGUGAAGACGCUGUUAUCGAGGAUGAGAAGGACAAGAUGAAGCGCGCGGGAGAGAAAACGCCAAGCGGCGCACGGAUACGGGAGAUCAUGGAGGUAGUCGAGGGGACGAUCGCUACAACGUUCUUUGAUAGGUUAUUCUCGCCGUUGACGAGCGACGACGCUUCCCACGACGAAGCAUUGUCGAGCCGCGUCGCCGCGCUGAACCUCGUCGAUCUCGGUCUCGAACAUCUCGGCGUGGAUGUGGGCAAAUCCGCGACGGAGGUCUCGCUCGUCGUGAAAGCAUGCGGCGAGAUGCUCACGCAACUCGCUGCCUGUCGUACUCCCGCGGACAAAGCGGCGAUACUGGUCGCGUCGCACAAAAUGGUCGUUGACGGGCUCUCCAGGCUUCCACCCGUACGGCUCAAGUCGGACGCCGAGAUCAAGGACCAGGCAACGCCCACGUCCUCCCGUUCUCGUCAAAACUCUCUCAAGGCGGAGGGCAAGCCGGACUCUGAACUGCAAGCCGCUGAGACAAAGCUUGACGAGACGUCUGCACAGGACGAUAAUGUUCCUGAACCUUCGGAGCCUCUCCUCGUUUCCUUGCCGCAGUCGAUUCCGGCAGUAUUGCUGAGUCCCGUCGAUGUUCCAUCAACGACAUCCGACAACAGGUCAUUCACAAGCACGUCCGAUACGUCUUCGCUACGGCCUCGCGCGGCGUCUCCCCUACUCACCAUCUCUCCACCGCCGGAACGAGAGCCAACCACGGUGUCCGGAGAUGUACUGCUACCGAUGAUCAUUUUUGCGACCGUCAAGGCAAACCCACCGCAUCUCGUGUCCCAUCUGCUGUUCAUACAACGAUUCCGGAAUCAAUCUGUGGGCGGGGAAGAGAGCUAUUGUCUAUGCAAUCUGCUCGCCGUGGCUGAAUUCCUUGAGAAUGUAGACCUAGCAGCACUUGGUUUGGGAGACAGCAGCCAGAAAGUCAUGAGUGCUGCCGACCUUACACCUAUACCGGUCGCCCCGACGGUUGCCCAGGUUGUACCUACAGGCCUCCGUGGCCGUGUUGAUCAACAAUUAGACGCAAUCGCAGGCACAGCAACCAAAGCAUUAUCGGGCGUGGUGGACUCUUCUUUCGGUGUCCUGCGUUCACUCCUUCCUGGAACCAGUGAAGGCGCCGCAACUCCUAUACCGUCGGACGAGCAGCAAGCUGCACCAUGGAACGGGGUGCGCCCCGGAUUUGGGUUGCUUAGGCGCGAGAGCGGGUUCUCGAUCGCGAGUUUAGCGGCGUCAUUGCCGGUGAAUAUGGGCCGUGAACGCUCACGUUCUGUUCACAAGGGGCCCGUCGAAGAGGGUGGUCAGCAAAUGACAGAGGUGUCCUCGCGACCUGGUUCACGAGCGUCGCGACAUAGCAUAUAUGUGCCCAAUUCUGACGAGGAAGAUAGCGACGAGGAGGGUGAAGACGACGAGAAGGACGAAGGUGAAGAUAGCGACCAGGACGAGGAUGCAGACGAAGUUGCGAAUCCUGACUCGAGGAGUAUCCGUAGUUUCGAGAGCAUGCUGAGUAGCAGUCGGCCCAAGGGCCAAAGCAGAAAAAGCCUAUCUGACCGACUGGCGAGUAUGCCAGGUCUGGGCCGAAUUACGCAACAUGCACUAGACUCCUCCAAAGCGUCUCCCCCGUCCUCUCGACGCUCGUCAUUGCUACCUCCGCCGCCUGUACCAAACAGAUUCGAUGCUCCAACGACUUCUCGGCCGCACUCGCCUUCCGCUGGCCGAUUACCUCCGCCUAAUGCGAAGUUCAUGCAAUGCUCGGCAGAAGAUCUUAGGCUGUCAGAAGUUUCCGAACUGCUGCAAGAAUACAAGCGGUUGGUAGAAAGUGUGCGCGCUAUUGGGGGAUUUGAAGACUCAUGA